AUGGGAGACUUCGAUUCCAAUCCAACACUACUAAUAGAUCGGAAUCCCAUCCAGCCGCCACUUCCUGAAGGAAGAAGCUAUGAGAUUUCGCCGGAGAUUAUUGGUUUGGUGAAACAAAACCAGUUCCAAGGAAAACCCCAGGAGAAUCCUUUGGAACAUAUUGAUGCUUUUGAAGAAAUUUGUGGCACCAUCAGUGCAGGAGGUGCACCCAAGGAGUACUUAAAGUGCAAACUAUUCUCUUUCACUUUGACAGGGAAGGCUUUGCGCUGGGUUAAGUCUCUUCCAGCUCAAUCCAUAACCACAUGGAAAGAGUACAAGGUGGCAUUCCUAGGUCACUUUUUCACAAAGCAGAGAGCAAACUUGUUGAGAGAAAAGAUCUCUAGUUUCCAACAAGGGCCGGUGGAGCCUUUUCAUGAAGCAUUGGAGCGCUUCAAGGACUAUACAAGAGAGUGUCCUAACCAUGGACUAUCUGAGGGCAGUCUAUGGAACAUUUUCUACAGAGGAAUAAGUGGGAAGUGUCGAUUUUCUCUUGAUACAGCCAGCAAUGGAAAUUUCAUGACCAAGACAGUUACUGAAGCAAAGAUUUUGAUUGAAAAUCUAGCCUCAAGCGACAGUGACAACUUCAUUGGCAUGAGAGAGCAGUGA